AUGAGACUCACCAAGUCCUUCAUCGCAUGCGCCAUUUGGACUGUGUCUGCUGUCGGUCUGCCCACUACCUCGCGGACUGCUGACAAGCAUUGGCUGGCGACAUGGACUGCAACUACGCAGGAAGUCCAGCCUUCGAAUCUUCCUCCAAGUCCUUUUGGUGGAGCGAGCGCCGACUUCCAAUUCAGGAAUACAACUCUGCGUCAAACAGUCCGUGUGUCAGUUGGGGCCGAGCGUCUGCGCUUUCAAUUCUCAAACCUCUUCGGGCUGACGGACCUGCCCAUCACUGCGGCGUCCGUGGCUUUGCCGGAAGGUGGAGUGGCUGGAGUCGGAGAGAUUGAUACAUCAACGAUCAAGGGCCUGACCUUUGACGGUGCCGAUUCUCUGACGAUUCCACCCGGUGAAAUAGUCUAUUCCGACCCUAUCGACUAUCCCGUCCCUGCAUUGACGAACAUUGCUAUCUCCAUCUACAGCGCAGAAGGUCAGAAAGGAGUUAAUAUCACCGGCCACCCCGGGAGUCGGACGACAUCGUGGUUCGAAACAGGCGACCAAGUUAACGCCCCGUCCGUCUCAGAUGCGAGUGUUGAGCGAUGGUAUCUCAUCAGCGCGGUUGAGGCAUGGGCCCCGAAGCGAGAGGUUGGCCUAGUGAUCCUUGGUGAUAGCAUCACCGAUGGCCGGGGUAGUACCGAUAACGCGAACAACCGAUGGCCCGAUGCUCUCGCCGAACGCCUGUACCAGAACAAAGUGACCCACGUCGCGGUCAACAAUCAGGCCGCCGGCGGCAAUCGCGUGCUUCUGGAUGAAACCGGACCGGCCCUAAUUACACGAUACCACCGCGACGCCAUCGGGCAGAAGGGCGUCAAAUAUGUCAUGAUCUUCGAGGGUGUCAACGAUAUCGGCAUGGCAGCCACGAACGACUCAACGCAGACACAAAUCUUCAAUGAUCUGGUCGAUGCCUACAUCCAGAUAAUCCGCGACUGCAAGGAAACCGGGCUAGUCACUAUCGGGGCAACCAUCACCCCCUUUGCAAACAGUGGGUAUGGAGAUUCUCGACGCGAGCGUACAAGACUGCAGGUCAAUGAGUGGAUCCUGAAUGAGAGUCCUUUCGACCACACCCUUGACUUUGCGUCGUUUAUUGGGGAUGGGGAUGCCCUGAAACCGGAGUUUGACUCGGGGGAUCAUUUGCAUCCGAACCCGGCGGCCUAUAGAGAGCUUGCGGCGAGCUUUGAUCUCGAGAUCUUUCGGCGAUAG